UCAGCCCCCGGCGAACCACGGCCCGUUUGGCGGAGGAGUCGCAGCGUGGGCACCCCGCAGCCCGGCUCGGGACCAGCUCACAGGACUAAGGACCAAAAGCACUCUGGGCACUGAGAUCCUCCAUCUCGGCCCCAGCCAUGAGCCGGCGUGUGGUUCGGCAGAGCAAGUUCCGCCAUGUGUUUGGGCAGGCAGCAAAGGCUGACCAGGCCUACGAGGACAUCCGUGUGUCCAAGGUUACAUGGGACAGCUCCUUCUGUGCUGUCAACCCCAAAUUCUUGGCCAUUAUCGUGGAGGCUGGAGGCGGAGGUGCCUUUAUUGUCCUGCCUCUGGCCAAGACAGGAAGAGUGGAUAAGAACUACCCCCUGGUCACUGGACACACUGCUCCUGUGUUGGAUAUAGACUGGUGCCCACACAAUGACAACGUCAUCGCCAGUGCCUCAGAUGACACCACCAUCAUGGUGUGGCAGAUUCCAGACUAUACCCCUGUGCGCAACAUUACAGAACCUAUCAUCACACUUGAGGGUCACUCCAAGCGUGUGGGCAUUCUCUCCUGGCACCCUACAGCCAGGAACGUCCUGCUCAGUGCAGGUGGUGACAAUGUGAUCAUCAUCUGGAAUGUGGGCACUGGGGAGGUGCUGCUGAGCCUGGACGAAGUGCACCCAGAUGUCAUACACAGUGUGUGCUGGAAUAGCAAUGGUAGCCUGUUAGCCACCACCUGCAAAGACAAGACCCUGCGCAUCAUUGAUCCCCGAAAGGGCCAAGUGGUGGCGGAGAGGUUUGCAGCCCACGAGGGGAUGAGGCCCAUGCGGGCUGUCUUCACGCGCCAGGGUCAUAUCUUCACUACGGGAUUCACCCGCAUGAGCCAGCGAGAGCUGGGCCUGUGGGACCCGAACAACUUCGAAGAGCCAGUGGCACUGCAGGAGAUGGACACCAGCAACGGAGUCCUACUGCCGUUCUACGAUCCAGACUCCAGCAUUGUCUACCUGUGUGGCAAGGGAGACAGCAGCAUUCGGUACUUUGAAAUUACUGAUGAACCACCUUUCGUGCACUACCUGAACACGUUCAGCAGCAAAGAGCCGCAGCGGGGCAUGGGUUUCAUGCCCAAACGGGGGCUGGAUGUCAGCAAGUGCGAGAUCGCUAGGUUUUACAAAUUGCAUGAAAGAAAAUGUGAACCCAUCAUCAUGACUGUGCCCCGCAAGUCAGACCUGUUCCAGGACGAUCUGUACCCGGAUACACCGGGCCCAGAGCCGGCCCUAGAAGCGGAUGAAUGGCUUUCUGGCCAGGAUGCCGAACCCGUGCUCAUUUCGCUGAGGGACGGCUACGUGCCUCCCAAGCACCGAGAGCUCCGAGUCACCAAGCGCAAUAUCCUGGACGUGCGCCCGCCCACCGGCCCCCGACGCAGCCAAUCCGCCAGCGACGCAUCCCUGUCGCAACACACCCUGGAGACGCUGCUGGAGGAGAUCAAGGCUCUUCGCGAGCGGGUGCAGGCCCAGGAACAGCGAAUCACGGCUUUGGAGAACAUGCUAUGCGAGCUGGUGGACGGAACGGACUAGACCCGCUUGCUGGGCGGAGCUCUGCGCUCAACCGACUGGAUGGGGCGGGGUGAAUGGACUGGCCUUGCCAAUGCUUUAGGUCUGGGACUCCGGACCCCACCUCCCUAAGCUGGGACCAGGGAUUCAACUGGGAAGGAAGCCCCGUCCCUCACGGGAGACCUGAACCAAAGGAGUGUCUUGCAGGGGCAGGGCUGUAUGCUUGGUCCAGGACUCAGCAGGAGCUGGUCUAGGGAGGCUCAGGGUAAAGGGGGCCUCAGCAAUGGUGCUGCAUGGUGAGGUGGUGUCCCCCUCUGUCCCUCGCUCAAGGCAAGGGAAGUGCUUAGCGCGAUGCUUGGGGAUAUUAGGGGGCUUGGGCUUGAUCUCAAAUGGGUGGUCUCCCCACACUGGCCCUUCUCCUAAUCGGCUCACUUGAUUCUACCACCCCACCAGACGGACAGCACUCUAGUUCUGCAUACAGACACAGACACAAACCCGUUCCCCCACAGAGACCUACCCACUGGCAACAUUGUCAAUGGCGGAGAUUCUAUUUCCACCACCAGGGGCGAGGCGAGCUUCCUCAAGACAGGCCCCUCUGGAAGAAAUCUCAUAACUAACAUGAGGAAACAGGUUCAAAACACACACACACACACACACACCCAUACCCACACACACGCACUGCUCCCAGCCCUUUGGAGACAUAAUGAAAUCUUUUACCGAGUGCAAGUUUGGGCCUCCUGCUUCGGUGGGGGUGAGAAGAUGCCCAGCCUCUGCGAAUGUGAUUCCCCAGGCUCCUGGGGAACCUAACAAAUGCAACCCUGGGCUCAGGAGUCACCAGGCAACCUCUUACCCAGAGCCUUCCUCAAGACAGGUUUGGCAGUACCUGAACCCCUACCCACUGUGGGUACUCCUCCCCAGUAAAGUCAGGUAGGAAAAGCCU